UGACGGUGGUCGCCGGAGGACGAUGAGCGCCGAAGAUUUACCGAAGAAGGAGGCGAACGUCUUGAAGGGGCAUGAAGGUGCAGUUUUAGUGGCCAGAUUCAAUGGAGAUGGCAAUUAUUGCCUUACCGGAGGCAAAGAUCGGACUAUUCGCCUCUGGAAUCCUCACCGGGGUAUUCAUAUCAAGACCUACAAGUCCCACGGUCGUGAAGUUCGUGACGUCCACGUUACAACAGAUAAUUCAAAAAUCUGUUCAUGUGGUGGCGAUCGGCAAGUCUUCUAUUGGGAUGUAUCAACUGGUCGUGUGAUCCGAAAGUUUCGAGGCCAUGACAGUGAGGUGAAUGCUGUAAAGUUCAAUGAAUAUGCCUCUGUAGUUGUAUCAGCAGGGUAUGACCGUUCCUUGCGUGCCUGGGAUUGUAGAUCUCACAGUACUGAGCCAAUUCAGAUCAUCGACACCUUUCUAGACAGCGUCAUGUCUGUUUGUUUAACCAAAACUGAAAUCAUUGCUGGAAGUGUUGACGGAAGUGUGCGCACAUUUGACAUUCGAAUGGGUAGAGAAUUAUCUGAUGACUUGGGGCAACCUGUCAACUGUAUCUCUCUAUCAAAUGAUGGUAAUUGUGUUCUAGCCAGUUGUCUGGAUUCUACUCUGCGGCUUUUGGACCGAACUACCGGCGAAUUACUACAAGAAUAUAAAGGCCAUACAUGCAAGUCAUUCAAAAUGGAUUGUUGUCUUACAUACACAGAUGCCCAUAUAGUUGGUGGAUCGGAAGAUGGGCAUCUCUUUUUCUGGGAUCUGGUGGAUGCAUCGGUGGUUUCAAGCUUCCGUGCUCACUCCUCAGUGGUAACAAGCGUUAGUUAUCACCCAAAAGAGAGCUGCAUGAUAACUGCAUCUGUGGAUGGAUCAGUACGCGUUUGGAAAGCUUGAACCCCAUAAGCGUGCCAUCGAAGUGUGUUUUCUGUGCUGCUUCCAUGAGAGUCAUGUCAUUGUUUGCGCUGGUGCUGCUGGAUCCAUCAGAAUCAGGUGAAGAAACUUCAAGCAUUUCUUUUACAGAAACAACUUUUUUGUCAUCUUUCAAGGUCGAAAAGCCUAUCUAACAAUGCAGAUAAACACCUGAACAUUCUUUGAUUUUAAUUGGUCAUGUGAAUGUCGCUAGUUAUGUAAAAAAUAUUGUUGAAAACAUUUGGGUUUAAUUAUAAAUGUAUCGUAACUGUGAUUCUGUAGAGUAAACGAUGCACAAAAGAACCGGUUAA